AUGGCCAUUGACGAUGAAUAUGAAAUUGUUCUAAUCAAGAAUGAAAUAGAUGCUCGUUUAUGCGCUAAACUAAUAGCGGAUGAAUUCGCUUUGCAUAAUUCUCUAUCAGUUUUUAUUCAAUCAACACCUGAAAAAUUAUUUGAUGAAUGCUUUUGGCCAUUUAUGAUCAAUGUACUUGAUGAAAAGUUAUCAUUUCUUAUGCGACAUCGUCCAACGAAUGAAAUUGCUGCAGUAGUCAUAGCCAACGACCUCUUUUUAGAAUGUAAAAAUCAUCCAUACGACAUUUCUAGUCCUGCAUCAUCGAUUCCAAACAUAGAUUUAUUUUCAGAAAUGCUUGCUCAAUUUGUUAAUCAUGAUUAUGAUCAAGAAUUGAAACCGAAUAUAAUUUUAUCUGUUUCAGUUGUUGUAACAAAAUCUAAACACUCAGGUAAAAGUUUAGCUGCUCAUUUAAGUGCUCAUACAUGUAAUUAUGCACGAUAUACAAAAGGAUUUCAAUAUGCAUUAGUACAAACAUCAAAUCCAGCAACGCGUAAUAUCUAUGUUAAAAAAAUGAAUGGAAAAGAAAUAAUGAUUGUUGAUCCAGCAACUUGGUUAUGGAAAAAGAAAGAUGAUGGCUUAUCACGACCAUUUAAAGAUUAUAAAGGCGAGCCUGUUGUCAAUAUUUUUGUUAAAUUGAAUGAACGAACAGAACUAAUAUAG